GAUGAAGUGUUUUGCCAUCAGGUGAGGAGUCUUAAAAAAAGGAUGUGAGUUCAUAUGGGCGACAAACUUGGCAUUUGCUGUCAUUUAUAUUUGUUCACUUAACAAACAACUCUUUUGAUUUUUGUUUAAGGCUUUGUCAAUCAAUCAAAAGCGAACAUUUACGCGCACAAAAGAGCAAUGUGUUAAUAUAUUCGAGAAAAUCAGGGACAGUGUAAACUUGUGCAUGGCUUUAUUUCCGAUAGCUACAUUCUUCGGGUAUUAAUCACCUGAUGUUGCUCGCGAACCAAGAAAAACUCCUUUGAAUGUUCGCGCUUGUUCAUUCUGAGUUGCACCAACGACUUGUCCUUUUUCCCAUCGCAGUGGAUAAGAUCGAACAGCUAGCUCGUUAAUUUCCUGCGGCCAAACGAAACAUGAAGUUCGAAGACGUUUACGAAAUCAAGGAGCUCAUCGGGAAAGGGUCGUUUGCUGAAGUGAAGAAAUGCGUCAAUCGUAAGACACUACAGCUGUACGCGGUGAAGGAAAUUCAUUAUGAAGAUGCAGAACACAGAGAGAAAGUAGAAAAUGAGUCGGAGGUAAGAGUGUUUUAGGCUGUUCAUGUAUACUUCGCUUAGUAGACAUUUAUAGGUAUCGACUUAAGAAAGGCAUCAGUGUGAUGCAAUCACAGAUAGUGGUUGAUCGCGUAAUAAACAUAAUAUUUCUUAGCUAAAACUCAAAACUUAGGUGGAAUGCAGCAAAACUCUUAGCAAUUCGUGCGCCCUCUUCGUUUCUAUUGUUUAUUUUAGCGUUAAAAUACCGUGAGAAAAACUCAGUUGUAUUUUGAGGUCUCUUACAGUUAACUGACACUGCUUUGUUGAGAUUCCGUCCAAUUCCUAGCCGUUAGCUCAAUUGAAUAACUAUGUACACUUGAUUGAUGUGUCUAAAAAACUUCACCAUUUUUUUGCCUGUCAGCUAACGCAUCAUUAAAUGUUUCUUGUGACAACAGCUUUUGCUUUCUACACCAACAUUUUUUAAACCAACAGGCAUCAGGUUGCUUUUCUCAGAGUGAUGCUAAAAAAUAUAUCAACUUGAAAUACCAUGAAACGAACGGAAUAUGACAUUAUUGAGACAUCAAAAGUAGUCGCUUUUCAUGGUAAAAUGUAAACUGAAAAUGCAGCUGUUUCUCCAUAUUUUAAAUUUUCUCUUAUUUUUAAUCGAAUUGAUUUGGUUCUCUCUCAUCAGUUGGCUCUCGUUGUGACUUACAUUUUUUGGUGAGGCUGUUUAGAUUUUGCUGUAAAGAUUGCCAAUUAUUUUCUUAAGUUUAUUACAAAUAGGAUUAAAACAUUUGAAAAGCUUAAGUGCGAAAAAUUUAGGUGAAUUGCUCGGGAAAACGGGGUGUAUUAUAGAUCGAUUAUUCAGAACCCAGGGAAAAAAGAUGAAGAUAGUUGAUGUCAAAAUACUAAAAAAAUUGGCUAGAGUUUUUCAUCGCCUUCGAAAUAAGCCGAUUUAAAAAUCAUUUGGAUGUAUACAAACAUAUUAUACUCCUCGCAUUCAGAAAUUUUCACUCCAAAAAAUAUUUACUCCAAGAAAAUUUAUCUUAAAAAGUUAACUGAAUCGCGUGCGUUGCAGAUCAUAUUCUUAAUCGACGCAACCGCUGGACUCUCAUGAUACAAUAUUAUUCGCAAAACGAGUGAAAGCAAUCUUCAUGUAAUUUUAACCCAAUUAGCACUAAACUAUCAGUUAUGGCACUGAUAAUUGUGGGUUUAAUUUCUCCUGUACUUUUAACGUUACAAUUUUAAUUAUUUCUAUUGUUCUUACUUCAUCACGUUGUACAGAAACAUUUAUUGCUCGCCGCACAUAUCUGUUUUCAAAGUGUUCAUACGUCCAUGACGGAUACCUCCCUUGUGCAAUUGCAUUCGGCGGUCUCUUUGUUGCGGCAGGCAGACGCCGCGUCAGGUGUGCCGCAUUGAAAGACUGGACGAUCAUAUUCUUUCUCGAGCUUAUCCUAUUUAACUACUGUGGCUUUUUCCUCUUCCUGUUAGUUUGUAGGGCCUAGCGAAAUAGCGGGGCGAUCAAAAGAAAGAUCGUAGAUCUUUUACCACAGGAUCUAUCAGAUCAAUAGUAAAAACAUUCGUGGACUCGUCUGGCAAGCUUCCGCUACUAAAUGGCUGACUCGUAUCCAUAACCUUUUAUUUUUAAACGUAUCUGACGACAGAUCUUAGAAGAGCUAAAUCAUGUGAGCAUAGUUCGUCUGGAAGAAGUGUUCUACGCUGAUGGAAAAGUGCUCAUGGUGCUGGAAUACUUACCUGGAGGGGACCUUUUCGAUGGACUGGUAUCUAGACCCUUUUACAGCGAGAAGGACGCAUGCGCUUGUGCCCAACAGAUCAUCAGAGCACUACACUAUUUGUCAAGGAAAGGGAUUAUUCAUCGGGUGAGGAUUAUUAUGAUCUUGAUUCUUUAUACCUUAAGAUGAAUCCUUAAAAGUUAAAUAUCCAACCUCUUUACACUAGAUUCCAUAAAAAGAAACAAAGAAGCUUAAUUCAUGUGUGCGAUAUCUCUCAUGCAAAAAUACUGUACAGUAUCAGUGGAUUGCAGAGAAGGACUUAGGAAAAAAAUAUUACGAUCUGCGUAAAGCGCUGAAAAGACGACAUUCACGGUUUGUUCCAAGUGCAAUUGGCCAAUGAGGUCACAGAAAUUGUUAGCUGCUCAAAGGUUCUUUAAAACUAUCCAGUUUGAGGAUUAAAAGUUUAAUAUACGACCCGACCCCACCCUAAACUCUCUGUUUUCUUUUUUUAACUCCUCCGCUACAAAAACGCACUUCACCAUCGCGGUUUUUUUUACUAACCGAAGGCCUGGAACUUGCUUCAAGGCCUCGAGCUCUUAGUCGAAUUGUUUCCCUCUUAUUUUGUAGGAUUUGAAACCAGAGAAUCUCUUGUUGGCCGAGAAACCAGAAGUGGACCGUCCACCGAUUAUCAAACUCACAGACUUUGGAAUUGCAAAAAGGAUACAAGGUGAAUUAAAUAUUGCUUUCAUGAAAUAAUAAAUAAAAAACUGUAUUCUGUUAUUGAAAACCGCAGUAAAACAAAACAGACCGCAAUGAGAACAAAGAGCCAAUCAUAGAUCAAAAUACAUAGAUGCAUAUGGCCUAAAGCGCGGGAAAUCGGGUGUGACCAAGUCAAGGUUGGUUUGAUUUUUCUUCUGAUUGGUUAAUGGAAUGCUUUCCUAGACCAAUCACCGACGGUUCUGAGGUAAAACCAAUGCAAUCCCAGAUUUCUUUGGACACUCAGUUGAAAAUAACUGCAAACUGUUUUUCAAAUUUCUCUUUAGACGGAAGACAAAUGGUUGAUUGCCACGGUAGCGGCUCACCAAUGUACCUUGCACCAGAGACUAUAAUGGAGAGGCCAGUAAAUGGUGCUGUAGACAUUUGGGCCUGUGGUGUCAUCCUUUAUUUACUACUUGUAAGUAUCACGACCUGCAGAAAUCACAUAGUGGUCGAGAAUUGACGCAUUUUAUUAUAACAAACUAAGUUUUCAAGGUUCCUGAAUAUUGGCCUUGCUCUUCAUCCACGUUUUCAUGAACCAAGACUUGUUAGCUGUAAAAACACAGGGAAAAACGAAAUAGGCCUUCAUGCAGCCUGGAUAAAGGACAGUAAAGGAUUUUUGACAUACUUUCACAAAAUUUCCUUUUGUCACGUUUUUAGGUUGGGUAUCCCCCAUUCUGGAAUCAGAGAGUCGAGUUUCUCCUUCUUAGCAUUUUACAAGGGAACUACUCGUUUCCUUCUCCAUACUGGGACUCAGUCUCCGACUCGGCCAAGGAUCUCAUAAGCAAAAUGGUAAGACGGCUUCUGAAAAGCAAAUCUGCUCAUGCCAAGCACAGUGCAUGUUUAUUGAUGUGCGGCUGUUCAAGACCUGGUCGUUCCGGCAUUAAACAGUCCGUUUACGAUGUACAUGUAAACCUUCGAGAUUUAAGCGCGAUAUUCUGCCUCUUUGUAAAAACUUCAGAUCCAGAUAACUGCGAAUUUUUAGUAUAGGGCCUUGCCUUGAACCUUGUAUAGUGGAGCUCACCAGCAGGUUCUCAUCGUACAAAUUAAGGCGAAGUAUAACAGGCGCGAAGAACUUAAGGCUUGAUUACUCAAUUUGUCUGUUUUUAACACUAUAUUCGUUCUAACAUCUUGAAUCCAGAUUUGUCAUUAAAAUCAACUUGCCAUCUUUCAGUUAACAGUGAAUCCUGAGGACAGAAUAACAGCUUCUCAAGCUCUUCGUCACGACUGGAUUUCUCAAGGCGAUUUCGUCCCUUCUCUUCAUAAGGAAACGACAUUCGUCCGACUCACAGCCUUUAAUGCAAGAAGAAAACUCAAGGGAGUGGUGCUGGGGCUUAUUGCCAGGAAUAGGUAAGUCAGCAAUGGACCUUUUGUCGUCUGCAUGCCAAAUCUCCUCAUAAGCUAGGUGCUUAGAUCCACAAUUUUGAGAAUAGGGAACCAGUCUGAGGACGGGGGGGUAGGGAAGGAGGAUUUUUAGAGGGAUCAUAUGAUUUUCAGGGGUGUGACUCAUGAGUUUAGUUGAUUCAAUACCAAAUUCUCCGAAAUGACAACAUGAGAAUUGUAUGGCAGACAGUAAGGAGAAUUACUGAUGAGAUCUUGGGGGUGGAAGUGUUGAAGUUUUUUUGCAAUAUUGUUCUCUACUGCAGGUUAACUUUCACACCUAACCAAAACGUAGUUCGUUUGACGCGGAAGGUUUCAUAUACACCUGACCCAGAAUUGGAACAAGAGGUGCAAGAAAUGCUGUCAAAUAAAGAACACGAAGAAGAAAGAAGACUUGAAAAAAUUAACGAAACUGUCAAUGGAGGCGACAAUGAUGUAGCUAAAUCGCCAAAGGAAUACCUUCUAACAGACUUGAAACCUAGAAGAUCGCGAAUGUUCAGAAGCUCUGUGUACAUUAAAGUAAAAGCUGGAGAAGGAAGAGCAAGAGACAGAGUAGGGCGAAGAGUGUCUGAUGACGAUUCUUAGGGACGGUUUAUUUGUUCGGACAUAAAGAAACAGUUGAAGUAUUUUUGUAAUUGUAAACCUCUCAGGUCGAUGUUUCGCCGAAGAACGUUUCUUAGACAAGAAAAGUGUCGACUAUUAACUAAGAGGCCGUAGCUAACUACGUCGUCAUAGACAUUGUGAUACAAACAUAUCUUUCCAAUUUUUUAACUUAGUUAAAAGGUUUAUUUUAUUAAUUGUUAUUAAGAAAACUCGUUGAAACCGUAUCAUUUUGCUAGGGAAGGAUUUUCAUAAACUAUACACAAAUUAGUAAAAAGAGCUUGAUUUCCGUGAAAAAUAUGCAGGCGAUAUGUGCGUGCAUGGUUAGUGCAGAGAAAGAUAGAUUUAGGAACGCCCUAUUUGACUUUAAAUGAGAUGGGGUUUGAACUAUUUGUUUUGUAAAUUUUCAACCCUUUCAAUUUUCUACACUUAGUAAUGGCAUGUACUCGUUUCUCUCUUUCUCUCUUUACCCUGCCUUACCUUUCUCCUCUUCCUUCUCAGAACUUUCUAUCGGUUUUAAUGGAAAAACACUAGAAUCAUUUGUAAAUCACAGGGGUUUACCAGAGUAAAACGAUGGGUUUUUUACCAAUCAGGGCACUCGUAGAAUCUCAUUUUUUUUUUACAUCAUACUCAUAUAUACCCUUAUACAUGCCCUCAGAAACUUUCACAUACUCAUCUAGAUGAACUUGUAA